ACCCACCCACCACAAAAAGAAAUCCAAAGAAAGAAAAUGACAUCCCGUCUCUCCCAACUCACCUCCCACCUCACCUACCCCCGCGGCCUCCUCGCCAACCAAGUGGCCAUCAUCACCGGCGGCGGCCAAGGCAUUGGCGCAGAGACGGCGACCUUGUUCGCGAACGAAGGUGCAAAGGUGGUUAUAGCUGAUGUGGAUCAUGACAAAGCCACACAAACCGCGACCAAGAUCAACUCCGCUGGCGCCGGAGACCGCGCGCUCGCCGUCGUCGGGGAUAUCCUAGACGAUAACUACCUCGAGACGCUGGUGCAGCGGGCCGCGGAGUUUGGGGAUGGGAAGAUCCAUAUCAUUGUGAAUAAUGCGGGGUUUACGUGGGAUGGGGUGAUUCAUAAGAUAACCGAUAAACAAUGGGACACGAUGCUUGCGAUUCACAAUACCGCGCCGUUUAAGCUCGUGCGGGCUGCCGCGAAGUACUUCCGGGUUAAGGACGGGGAGCCGCGCUGCAUUAUCAAUAUUAGUAGUACGAGUGGGUUGCAUGGGAAUGCGUAUGUGCUUUCUUUCUUUUCUUUUCUUUUCUUUUCCCUUCACUGCCCUACCCCUGCCAUGCCCUGUCUGUGCUAUUCAAAUAAGAUGGGUACUCCGGAUCAAUCUCUACGACUAUGUCUACGUCUAUGUCUCCGUCUAUGGAUCUGGAUAUGGAUCUGGAUAUGGACAGGAUAA